AUGGAAGAUAUGGACAUGGAUGAUCUCCCCGAGUUCCAUCCAAUUAAUCCUGGUUCGAAAACAUUCCAUUGGAUUUUAUCAAUAAUUUUAUUGGUUUUAUUCCCAACAAUUUCAUCAACUUUUUCUAUAGCUAAUAGAUUCAACUGGUCUUUAAUCUUACAAUACAUUUCUACAAUCUAUUCAAUCUUUGAAACUUUAUUUAUUAAAUUUCCAGAUCCAAAUGGUCAUGAAAAUAUAACUUCAAGAGGUACAAGUUGGUCUUUAAGUAUUUUAUUAAGUUUAACUAUUUUUCUUGGUACUUUUAUAAACGGUUCAAAUUUAAUUAUAAAUAAAUUUUAUUCAAAUUUAAACCACUUUCAUGAAUCAAGUUGGCUUUCAAAGUUAUAUAAAUCCUUUUCCAUACUUUCUGCUUUAAAUGGGUCUAUUCGUGUCGUUAUGGCAGCAUCGGCAUUAUUGGGAUUCUGUUAUAACGACCACGCAGGUCAAUGUGCAGCUCAUUUUAUAAUGGGAGGUUCAUUUAUAUUAUAUUCUUUAAUAUUAUCAAUUGUUCUAGUAGUUCCAUGGAUUAGAAAACAUCUGUAUAUUCAAGAAUUUUAUGAUUCAAUAGUUAUGUUAUUAUUUGGAUUAGUAAAUACAUUUACAGAGCAUAGAUGGGGACAAAAUUGGUCAAUGCUGGAUUUUCAACAUACAAGUUUUGGUUUAAUUUGGUUAUGUGGUGGUAUGUUGGGAGUUUAUUUUUCAGUUAAAAGAAGAAAUUGGAUUCCAUCAAUUUUAUUAAUUUGUACAGGUUAUGCAAUGUCACAACAUUCACAGCAUUUAGAAAUUUCAACUAAAGUACAUGCAGUUUUUGGAUUUGCAUUAAUGACUGCUGGUAUAACUAGAAUUAUUGAGAUUUCUUUUUUAUUAAAAGAUAAAAGUAGUUCAAGUGGGAUAUUUUCAUUUCAAUAUUUACCACCAUUUUGUUUAACAUUAUCAGGGAUAUUAUUUAUGGGAGCAAAUGAAGAGCAAUUGGUAUUGGUACAUGAUUUAGGAUCUGAUCAUUCAGCAUAUGUUAUGAUUUUAGGGUCAAGUGCUUUUCUAAUAUUUUUAUAUUUUCAGUUAUUAAUUCAAUUAUAUCUUAGAUUAGUUGGAUAUAAUGAAGACGGUGAACUACAUAAAUAUGAUCAAUUAAAUGCUCAAGAUUUUGAAUUAAAUGAUUUAGAAAUAGAUAGUGAAUAA